UGCUCCUCCUGUAGCGGAAGAUAGUGAUUUGGAGGUAGAGGCUGAGUGAUGUGGAUGAUAGUGACCUGGACCCUGAUUAUGUUGUAGAGGAAAACAUGACACCUACAACUUCAGGACAUGUGACUAGGAUCAGGCCUGAAGAAAUGCCUCUUGAUGAUGAUGCAGGUGAGGAUGAUGAGGAUGAGACGGUCUCGGGGGACACUCCACCACCCACCAAGAAGGUGAAGAAGGCCAAGGACCAGCCAUCAAGGGUAUGGAAGAAAGAAGACAUCGGACACACUCCUUUACCGAGUAUAACCAUCCGGUGCCUGAUUUCCUCCUGAAGCCCUAUGAGUUUUUCCUCCAGAUGCUGACCAUGGAGAUACUUGAAGACAUUGUGUACCAGACGAACCUGUAUGCACGGCAGAAGGAUGUCAGUACCGCUUUCUCCCUUGACAUCCAAGACCUGAUGGUGUUUCUGGGCAUUAUCCUCUACAUGGGGGUAGUCCACAUUCCUUCCCUGGAUGACUAUUGGGCAGUCAACACCCGCAUCCCACAGGUGACCGACUACAUGUCCGCAAAGCGAUUUAAACAACUCAGAUCCACCAUUCACUUCAACAACAACGAUUAUGCCAAGGCUUCCACAGACCGCUUCUACAAGAUACGGCCUCUCUUCACAGGAAUAACAAAACAAUUUCUGCGGGUCAAGGAAACUCCCCAUCAGUCGGUUGAUGAAAUGAUGGUGGCAUACAAGGGCACAAUGGCAGGGAAUCUUCGCCAGUACAUCGCAAACAAACCGGACAAGUUCGGCUACAAGUUAUUCUGCCGUGCGAGUAUCGAUGGUUUCAUCCACGAUGUCCUUAUGUAUCAGGGACAAACGACCUUCAGCAGCCACCCUGUAGACCUGAAUGAGGAGGAAGAACAGCUACUGAGCAACAGGAUUGUGAUUGUCCUUGCCAAGACCAUCAAAGACCGCUAA